CGUACAAAUGGAACCCGAGUAGUGCGCAGUUACAUUGUACAUUGGCGGAAGGUCAAAGUACAAAGAACCUGCCAUGUAGUCGUCUUAGCUGAGUCACUAAACACUUCAAAACAGCGCCACUUGGAGUUUUUCAACAUGGAGGACGUUGGGUUGAGACUUGCAGUGUUGUGUGUGGUUGUUGUUCUGUGUUCCGCGCACCCCACCAAGUAUCCGGAAGUGAACUUGGACGUGUACCGAGCCAAGGACACCCCUCCCCCCUUCCUGUCCUACCACAUCCACUGCAUGUUUGUAGCCUACAACAAUGACAGUGUCUUCGCCGCCCUGAAACUGUUUGACAGAUUCAUUGAACACUUUAACCUGACCCACACCAGACCGUGUGAGGGACUGUAUCACCAGGGCAGGCUGUGUGCGUUCGAUGUUGACUACACUAACACUGGACCCACUGACCCAUUCGUGUCUGCAAACUGGGCAAUCUUUGUCCCCCUGGAGUGGUAUGCAAAAACUGUACCCUGGGUGAUGCAGAACCGAGGUGACCAGGACAUCCUGGUACAUCCCAACUCUGGGGCAGAGGUCAGCGACCACACCCGCUGGGCUCUCUGGAUGGGCGAAAAAUGGCCACUCAACUCUGCUUCCUUCACCAACCAGACUGUGCUUUAGGACAGCCAUCUUUACUACUAAAGCCAUAAUCUGGACAACAGUCUGACAGUAAACACUGGACAAUCUGAGACUAAUCACAUUACAGCGUACAAAAUACCUGGUUGCCCAGUUGCCUCGGGCAACCAAAUUUUACUUGGGGCAACCUGAAUUUUAAGAAUGCCCCCCCCCCAAAUCAUGCCCACUUGGCUUGCACCACUGUAUCCGGCAGAUACUUUUUGAUUUUAGGUGUUAAUGCAUUGGCUAUUACUAGUGUCAGUUAACUUAAUUUAAAGGCUAGUGUUAGAAAUAUUGUCAAAGUCUUAUGUAUGUAACAUUACUUAAUUUGAGGAAAGUAGUAACUUAUAAGUGGGGCAACCUAAAAUUCUGAUGGGCAACCUAAUUUUUCAACAUGGUUCAAAAAGUAUUUUGUACACUGCAUUAGAACUUAUCAGCAGCUACAAUAAUGAUAUCCAUAUGCUUGUGUAACUUGUAGUCUGUGUAUCAUAUCAAUACAAUUUUUAAUUAAUGUCAUAUAAAAGUAUUUUAAUAAAAUUGUAAAAGUU